UUUUCGAAUAACUCUACUGAAGUUUCCAAUACUUGUGUGGCGUAAAACUAGACCAGAGAAAAAAAAUAGUAUCUAUUGGAUACUGUUUUUUUUGUUGUUGUGCGUUUUUGUUUGUUUUUAUUUUUAUUGUCAACUGAAAGUGUGGGCGCCCAUGAAGUGCUUAAUUAAAACCUCUAAACGUGUUUUUAAAUAAUUUUUUCUGUUUGUUAAAAAAAUAUUUUUUCCUAAAUAAAAUCAGUGUCAAAGUUUUCUUAAAUAGUACAGAAAAUCCAAACAAAUCCAUCAUCUUUUUUGUGUUUUAAAUUUUCGUUGGGAAAACUCUUCUGAAAGGCGGUAAAAAUUAAAGGCAACAAGUUGUACACAUUUGGCACCAUGGAGGGAGGUUACGUGAAUGAAGAGGAUUCAGAUGCCAUUAUAGGAGUGGAAAGUCCAGCGCACAUUCCAAUAAAUUGCAAACAAUCAUUACAUCAACAACAAACACGGCAACCUUCACCACUGCUGCCGACCAGUGAAACAUCAUCCCCCAUCAAGCUCUCCUCCCUAAGUCCAGACGAAGAUCUGGAUUUGGAUCUAAACCUGCCCUAUGCUAGUACGACAAAGCCCUUAGACGCAAAAGCCACACACCGACCCAGAUGGCUAACCACGGAGGGCAUGCGGGCGUAUUUGCGUGAUUUCGAUUGGCGUGAUGUGAAGAAAUUCAAACAGAAAUUCUUUGUCGAAUAUUAUUCCGAGGAGCAAUUUUUGGGAGGGCAACUAAAAACGAAAAAUGGCCAAAAGUAUGUCUUCAAUGGACGACCCUCGGGUAUCUUUGUAUCGAAAACGUGUGCCAUAUUCUCAUGCAUUAUCGCCAUAUUGAUUGUCCUAUUCAGUGUGCUUAUCACAUAUUUUGUGACGGUGAGCACAACAACUCCAGGCUGCUUGAAUGGCCACAGUGAUCCAACAGUCAACAAUAACCAUCUUGCCACAGCCAGCAUGCUGGGUAUGCCUCAGCCCAAAUCGAAAUAUAAUAAUGAAGUGGCGCCCGUGGGUGAUAUACCGCCGGACAAUGAGAUAUUUGGCGAGGGAGCCAAAGACAAAUUUCCCAAUCGUCAACUGCAGCUUUAUGAUGGAUGGUUGCCAUUGCAAUACAACGUCGUCAUUGAACCCAACAACCAGACAUCCACCAGCAAUGGCAGUGUGGCUAUUCGCGUUCAGCGUGAUAUCCGUUUGACAUCAUUUGAACCCAUUGUCUUGGAUAUCAAUAAUGUGACCAUAACGAAUGUACGCGUCACACGUGAUGCAUACGCGAUGAAUUUCAAUGCAAUCGAUGUAGAAUUUGAGAGCAGCUACAAUUCAGAUUAUACGGCUUAUGUGAUCACAUUGGCAAAAACGUUGGCUAGUGAAAAAGAUCUCAGAUUGAUUGUUAGCAUGGAAUUUGUUAGUCAAAUUACCGACACAUUACAGGGAGUUUACAAGACUAGUUAUAUCAAUGUGGAUACGGGAAAGAGAGAAUGGAUGAUCAGCACACAAUUCUCCCCCAUUGAUGCGCGUCGUGCCUUCCCCUGUUUUGACCGUCCCGAUAUGAAAGCGAAUUUUUCAAUCAGUAUUAUAAGACCCACCCGAACCGCAAUGGCUUUAUCAAAUAUGCCUGUAUAUAAUAGCACUGUAAUUCGUCCCGGCUUUACCCGUGACGAUUUUAUGACUACACCAAAAAUGCCUACCUACCUCUUAGCUUUUAUUGUAUCGAAUUUGGUUAAAUCUCAUUACUCUGAUCGUGAUGCUUCCAUGGUGCCACGUAUUGAAAUUUGGACUAAACCCGAAAAUAAGGAUAUGACCCAAUAUGCCUAUACAUUGGUACGAAAAUUCUUACCCUUCUAUGAGGGCUAUUUUGGCAUAAAAAAUCGUUUGCAAAAAAUAGAUUUGGUAACAGUGCCCGAUUUUGGAUUUGGAGCCAUGGAGAAUUGGGGUUUGAUAACAUUCAGAGAUUCUUCCCUUUUGGUACCUGAAGAUUUAGAGAAAGCCUCUUCCUCAGAACACAUGGAAUUUGUUGCCCAAAUUAUAGCUCACGAAUUGGCCCAUCAAUGGUUUGGCAAUCUGGUAACUCCCAAAUGGUGGGAUGAUUUGUGGCUCAAGGAAGGUUUUGCCUGUUACAUGAGUUACAUUGCGUUGAAUCGUGUCCAUCCCGAAUAUGAAAUUAUGGACACAUUCACCGUCUUCGAAUUCAGGGAAUCCAUGUCACAUGAUUCCGACAAUAGUUCACAUCCCAUCUCAUUUAAUGUCAAGUCCACCAAUGAUAUACGGCGUAUUUUCGAUCCCAUCACCUAUUCCAAGGGAACUAUUCUACUGCGUAUGUUAAACUCCAUGGUGGGUAAUGAAGCUUUCCGUGAUGCCUCUCAAGAUUUGUUGAAAACAUUUGCCUAUGGCAAUGCCGAUCGUGAUGAUUUAUGGGAAUUUAUGACCAAACAUGGUCAUCUCAAAAAGACGUUACCCGAUAAUAUGGAUAUUAAGACCAUUAUGGAUACCUGGAUCAAUAAACCCGGCUAUCCGGUGGUCAAUGUGGAGAGACGUGGUGCCGAUUUAAUUGUUACCCAAGAGCGUUAUAUACUGCCCUCUCGCGAUAUGGCUGAUGACAGCAAAUGGAUUAUUCCCAUUACCUAUGAGACAAAUGAAGUACGCACUGGCCACACCAUACCCUCCUAUUGGCUGAUGGACAAUGGCCAUGAGUUGGUCAUAAAGGAUGUCUUUACUUCGGACAAUAAUAGCAAUGACAUUGUCUACUUGAAUUUGAAUCGCCAGGGUUAUUAUAGGGUAAACUAUGAUGUGGAAUCUUGGUUGGCUUUGAAAAAGCAAUUUAGCAUUUUGCCUCGUGUGACCAGAGCCCAGUUGUUGGAUGAUGCCUUCCAUUUGGCACAAGCAGAAUAUCUUACCUAUGACAUUCCUUUGACUUUCCUAAUGGAAAUAUUCACCUCCAUUGAUGAUGAAUUGCUGUGGUCGGCUGCCCAACAAGGUUUGACCUAUUUGAUACAUAUGAUGAGUCGUGAACCGGGCUAUGAGACAUUUAGGGCCUUUAUGAAAUUCAUGGUUAGACCCGCCUUUGACCAAUACAAUCUUCAAGAGCCCGAUAAUGAAUCCCACAUUCAAUUGCAACACCGAGCCUUGGUAGCCAAAUUGGCUUGUAAAUUCAAAUAUGAUCGCUGUUAUAACAUAGCCCACACUAAAUAUCGCAACUGGAUGGCUGAUCCCAAUAGCAACCGCAUUACACCCAACAUGAAACCUGUUAUUUACUGCACUGCUAUGGAAGAAGGCUCUUUCCAAGAAUGGCAUUUUGCUUAUAGGCAAUACAAUCGUACCACCAGCGCUUCAGAAAAGGAACAAAUUCUUUCUUCUUUGGGUUGCACCACCAAACCUUGGUUAUUAUCAAAAUAUUUGAACAUGACAUUAAAUUCAACACUCAUCAUGAAACAAGAUGGCGCUCGUGCAUUUAGGGCUGUGGCCGAAAAUCCAAUUGGCUUUGAAAUCGCCUUUGAUUUCUUGCAAACAAAUAUCAAAGAAAUCGCUGAAUAUUUCGGUGAUGGCUUCUCCACAUUAACGUCAAUGAUCAAAUCGAUAACCACUUAUAUGAGUAAAGAAUAUCACAAAGAGCAAUUGGAGAGAUUCCGUGAGAAAGCAAAAGGCUUGGGCCUGCAUUCAGUAGCAGCGGCCAUAGAUUUGGCCAUGGAACAGGUCAAUAACAACAUUUAUUGGCGCAAUCGUUCCUACUAUAGUCUCAAGUCAUUUGUGGACAUCAUAGUGGAGGACUUUGAAAUCAAUAUCUUCUAAGUCUUAGCCAGAAUACAAAAUAUCCUUACACCAAAAUACUUCACAACACAAACACAUACACACACACACACAUACACCCCUACCCAUUUAAACAUAUUUACAUGCAUACAAUCACUUACAUCAUGAAAAUGAUAAAGAGAAACGAUUUAAAAUUAUGAAUAAAUUAAUUACCAUACUAAAAGCAAAACAAACAUACAUACAUACAUACAUUUAUGUUUAAGGAAGAAUAGAUGAAAAAGAAAACAAAAACAAAAAAGUAAACAAAUUAUUUUUCAAAAUAGGUUUGCAAAUUUUUUAUACGUGAAACACACACCACACAAACUUUUUUCAUAAUUUGAAAAGAAAAAAACGAAAAUUUCAAAACAUAGGGCCUCAAAAAUCAACGAUGACUUUUCUUUGAUUGAUUUUUCAUUUGAAAUUUGAUUUGCAAACAAAAAAAGUGAUAUAAUUUUAGUUUAUUUUAACAACAUUUACAAUUUAGUAUUGAGCUUUAAAGCUAAUUAUAAUUACAUAUUUUUUUUCUAUUACUUUUAUUGCUAUUUUAUUUUUUCAAAAACCAAACUCAACUAAAUAUUAUGAUUUAUAAUUUAUUUUUUUUUUGUUUUAUCUUUUUUUCUUUACAAAAAAAAAAAAUAAAAAUAUUUUUCUAUAGAAUUGUGCUAUAUGUAAAUUUUGAGGAAAGAAAAAAUUAUUUUAUUAUUAUUUUUUUUUUUAAUCAUAUCUUAAGUAUUGUUCCUAUAUUAAAAUUAAACCAUUAAUAUUAAGAACUUGGAAGAACGCAAAUAAGAUGGUAAUGAUGAAGAAUGUUGACCGAAACUCCUAGAAGAAGCCAAAUUUGUGGUGUUUUAAAAAAAAUUUUCGCACUGCUGUCAUUCCUUGGUCUACAAAUCUUUUGCCCGGGGCAAAAGUUUUCAAUGUUGACAAACGAAAAGAAUUACACCGUGAAAAAAGAAGUAAAAUUAACUAAACAAACACAAAAAAGAAUUUAACUGACAUUCGUUGGAAGAAGUUAACGAAAAUACGCUGCUAAUGUAAAAUGUUAUUUGAUAAGGUUUUUUUUCGUUUAUUUUUUUGCGACUGGCCUAUUCGGGCAUUUUGAGAUCAGACAUUUUCUCUAUUCUAAUAAGCUAUAAAAAAGCCUUUUAGUAUUCUAAGUUCGUUUGUGUGAGCGCGCCCAAUUUCUAAUCUUAACCCUAUUUCCUUUUUCCUUUUUGUCUCUUCUGAGUGUAGAAAAUCCUACCAAGAUUUUUAUUUUCAUAUAAACCAAAUAGUUUUAAACAUAGUAAUUAUUAAUUUACAUGUACAUAUAAAAUUGAUUAAAAAUAUUUCGCAGUAAUUAUAAAUAAAUAAAGAAAAAAAAUGCGUGCAGCGAA